GGUUAUAAUCUGACUUUUUAUUAUUCGAUGUCAGGGCAAUUUAAAAAUAGAUCCAUGUUCUUUUAUUGAUUGUUGGGAACAACAUUGGAAGAAACGAAGGGUGAUGAAGAGUGGUUUUGGCUUAUAGGAAUGCAUGUAUAGAGUAUUUAUAAAGUUACUUUCGUUGAAUGCUUGCUUAGUCAAUAUAUUUGCUUAUGUCCUGCAAAACUAAUAAACCCGUUGGAUAUAUCUAAUCAUUUGACAGGGGGCCAACAGAUUGAAGGUUCUUGAUCUGUCAAACUGUAGAAAGUUGAAAGAAACUCCUGAGCUCUCUGCAUUUUUAUUAUUAGAAAAAUUAAUUCUAAAAUGGUGUCAAAUGCUAACGAAACUUUCCGACUCGAUCGGCAUGCUGAAAUUUAUGGAGUAGGUUGCCGGCAGCUGGAAGUGACUUCUUAUGGUAUUCGGGAACUACAAGAUUUCGGGUCGUUGAAAUCAAUUAAAACUCGUGAGGAGAAUGUACCGAAGCUUCCACAGAGUCUGGGGGCCAGCAGAUUGAAGGUUCUUGAUCUGUCAAACUGUAGAAAGUUGAAAGAAACUCCUAAGCUCUCUGCAUUUUUAUUAUUAGAAAAAUUAAUUCUAAAAGGGUGUCAAAUGCUUACGAAACUUUCCGACUCGAUCGGCAUGCUGAAAUAUUUAGUUGAAUUGGAUGUCUCAAACACAAACAUUGUAGAGUUGCCAAAUAGCAUUGUCAACCUAAAGAGCUUGAAAGUGUUGAAUAUUAACGGUAGUUGCAUGCAAAAGUUACCUGAUGCCAUUGAGAAGAUGGAAAAACUUGAGGAAAUUUAUGGAGUAGGUUGCCGGCAGCUGGAAGUGACUUCUUAUGGUAUUCGGGAACUACAAGAUUUCGGGUCGUUGAAAUCAAUUAAAACUCGUGAGGAGAAUGUACCGAAGCUUCCACAGAGUUUGGUAAGUUUACAUCUACAUUCACAUGUUUCUGGAAAAAGAUUCGGAGAUCUCCAAUUUAGUGAGUUUAAAAAAUCUGAAAUUAUGUGUUCUCAUAACAUUGUAGAUGUUAUCGUUUAUGAGAGCAGUGUCGGUUAUAAUAUGUCUAUCUAUUAUUCGAUGCCAGGGUAAUUUAAAAAUAGAUCCAUGUUCUUUUAUUAGUUGUUGGGGACAACGUUGAACGACACGAAGGGUGACGAUGAAUGGUUUUGGCUUAAGUUUGGAAUGCAUGUACACAAUAUUUAUAAUGUUAUUUUCAUGGAAUACUUGCUUAGUCAAUAUAUUUGCUCAUGCUCCGCAGAACUAAUAUGAAUUAAGCUCAUUGGAUAUAAUAUAAUCAUUUGACGGGUGGUUACAUGAUUGAAGGUCAUUAAUCUGUCGUACUAUAGAAUAUUGAAAGAAACUCAUGAGCUCUCUGUAUUUUUAUCAUUAGAAAAAUUAAUUCUAAAGAGGUGUGAAAUGGUGACAAAACUUUCCGACUUGAUCGGAAUGUUGAAAUAUUUAGUUGAGUUAGAGGUCUCAUGCACAAGUAUUGUAGAUUUGCCAAAUUGCGUUGUCAAUUUAAAGAGCUUGAAAUUGUUGAAGAUUGACGGUAGUUGCAUGCAAAAGUUACCUGAUGCCAUUGAGAUGAUGGAGAAACUUGAGGAAAUUUGUGGAGAUGGUUGCCGGCAGCUAGAAGUGAUUCCUAGUGAUAUUGUGGGACUGGGAUCCUUGCAGAUUUUGAAAUUAACAAAAACUCGUGUGGAGAAUUUACCGAAGUUUCCAUAGAACUUGGCAAAGUUUAUAUCUAUCCUCACAUGUUUUAGAAAAAAAGGUUGGGAGAUUUCAAAUUUCGUUAGUCUAAAAAUUGAGAAAUUAUGUUUUCCCAUAAAAUUCUAUAUGUUAUCGUUUAUGGGAGUAGUGUUGGUUAUAAUCUGACAUUUUAUUAUUCGAUGUCAGGGUAAUUUAAAAAUAGAUCCAUGUUCUUUUAUCGAUUGUUAGGAACAACAUUGGAAGAAACGAAGGGUGAUGAAGAGUGGUUUUGGCUUAUAGGAAUGCAUGUAUAGAGUAUUUAUAAAGUUACUUUCGUUGAAUGCUUGCUUAGUCAAUAUAUUUGCUUAUGUCCUGCAAAACUAAUAAACCCGU